AUUUUAGGUUCUUCAGAAGAUGAUGAGGUCAUUCAACCAGGUUACAUCAGCCCCAGGCGGGGCUAGCAAAGGUGGCGGAGAAGAACCUGGGAAGCUGUUUGAUCAGGCUGAGGAGGAAUCCCAGAUUUUGCGUGGAACUGGCCACUGUAAGUGGUUCAAUGUGCGGAUGGGAUUUGGAUUCAUCUCCAUGAUAAACCGAGAGGGAAGACCCUUGGAUAUUCCAGUCGAUGUAUUUGUACACCAAAGCAAAUUAUUUAUGGAAGGAUUUAGAAGCCUCAAAGAAGGAGAACCAGUGGAAUUCACAUUUAAAAAAUCUUCCAAAGGCCUUGAAUCAAUACGGGUAACAGGACCUGGUGGGAGUCCUUGUGUUGGAAGUGAAAGAAGACCUAAAGGAAAGUCACUACAGAAAAGAAAACCAAAGGGAGAUAGAUGUUACAACUGUGGAGGCCUUGAUCACCAUGCUAAGGAAUGUAGUCUACCUCCUCAGCCAAAGAAGUGCCAUUACUGUCAGAGCAUCUCGCAUAUGGUGGCAAACUGCCCACAUAAAACUGGUGUGCAGCUGCCUGCCACUUCUCAGGGAAGACAGGAAGCAGAAUCACAGUCGUGCACUUCAUUUCACCCAAGGGAGGUUGUGGGAGGGCCUGGUUGUGCAACAUCGCCACCAUGUCAAGAGGCUAGAUCUGAGGUCUCAGAAUGGCUGGGUAGGCUGCCUCAAGAAGCUUCCUCUGCAAAGUCAUCUGUAGCACCAGAAGAACAGAACAAAAAGGGGCCUUUCAUUCAAAAGAGGAAAAAGACAUAACCCUUCUUAAGCUACCAUCUUCUUUCCCCACUUGGGAAGUCUACCUCAUGCAAGUACAAGAGAACAGUAUUUUAUAAACAGCAGCUGAUCUGGGAUUUUAACUACUGUUGAGGAGCUGUGAAUUUUUAAAAACAAAACAAAACAGAUAAAUCACUAAGCAAAUUACACUUGCACAGGGUGUCAUGUUU